UUUGCUUAUACUUAUGUCAUUCUUCGCCAUUCGUAGAAUCGAACGCUGCACAGCUUCAGCGCUUCCCGUCUUCAUCAUCUCUUCGGCUGAGAGAGCAGAACACGGCACGUUGGCGUCUCUUUCCCUUCGCCGCUUCUCGUUUUCGCCUUCGAAAAAUAACGUGUUGACGAAAGCUGGAACGUGGGGAUCAGCGAGAGUGCCAUGGAAGCUUUUUGAGCACUAUAGAAUAGCAUGCCAUGGGAAAUUGCAGUCAUCCGUUUAAAGUUCUGAGUCUUGAAAAUCCGAAUAUCAAGCCGUCAUUGUCUACUGCAUGGGUGAGACUCCUCCCUCCGCACUCAGCCAAUUCCUUCACAACCGAGAUCUCAAGGUACAAGCUGAGCCCCCGGGUGUCCAAAAAGCAAUAAACUCAAUCUUCACUUACCUCAGAGCAGGUCGUCUACGAAAAGCCGUGUCAGUCCUCUUCGCUUUCCCUGAACUUUUCCCGUAUUCCCUGUAUGCUCAUCUCUUCCAGAUAUGUUCCUAUCGUCGAGCCAUUGUUGAGGCUCGGAAGCUCGAGUCUCAUUUGGUCACUUUCUCUCCUACCCCACCGGUCUUUCUUCUUAACCGAGCGAUAGAAACGUACGGCAAAUGUUGUUCUUUGAAUGAUGCCAGGGAGCUGUUUGAGGAAAUGCCUCAAAGAGAUGGAGGGUCUUGGAAUGCAAUGAUCACGGCCUAUGCGCAGGGGGCUUUCCCAGAUGAGGCAUUGUCAUUAUUCCAAUGCAUGAAUAGGUUGGGAAUUUAUGCAAAUAAUAUCACAUUUGCCAGUAUUCUUGGUUCUUGUGCUGCAGCCUCUGAGCUUCAUCUCUCAAGGCAGAUUCAUGGACUUAUAACAAAAUGUGGUUUUGAUAGGAAUGUUGUUCUGGGGAGUUCCCUGGUUGACGUUUAUGCUAAGUGUCGGGUUAUGUGUGAUGCCCGUAAAAUGUUCAAUGAGAUUGAAAAUCCUAAUGCCAUCACUUGGAAUGUGAUUGUGAGGCGGUAUCUAGAUAAUGGUGAUGGUAGGGAAGCCAUUAAGAUGUUUUCACGGAUGCUCUCUGCUGCAAUCAAGCCAUUCAACUUUAUACUCUCUAAUGCCCUUGUUGCUUGUUCUAGUAUAUAUGCACUAAACGAGGGAAUGCAAAUACAUGGAAUUAUUGCAAAACUAGGUUUUCAAGAGGAUUAUAUUGUCUCAAGCUCUCUUAUUAACAUGUAUGUGAAGUGUGGUGAACUGGAUGAUGGUGCUAGGAUUUUUAAUCAGCUUGGCUCAAAAGAUUUGGUCACUUGGACUUCAAUUGUAUCAGGAUAUGCAAUGAGUGGGAAAACCCAAGAGGCAAGGAAAUUGUUUGAUGAGAUGCCUGAACGUAAUGUGAUCUCAUGGAAUGCAAUGUUUGCAGGAUAUAUCCGUUCCUCUGAAUAUGUAGAGGCAUUGGAUUUUGUAUAUUUGAUGGUUGUUGAUACUAAGUCAUUGGAUCAUGUCACAGUAAGCUUGAUUUUAAACUUAUCUACUGGACUUUCAGAUCAUGAAAUGGGAAAGCAGGUUCAUGGUUAUAUCUAUCGACAUGGUUACCACACCAACCUUAUGGUUAGCAAUGCCCUUCUUGACAUGUAUGGUAAAUGUGGGAUGUUGAAUAGUGCUAGAGUUUGGUUUAGCCAAAUGAGUUACUGGCGUGACAUGGUUUCUUGGAAUUCCUUGUUGACUAGCUAUGCUCACCAUCAAUUAGGUGAGCUAGCCUUGACAAUGUUCUUAGAGAUGCAGUGGGAAACAAAACCAAAUAAAUAUACAGUUGCAACCCUUUUGAUGGCUUGUGCAAAUACCUCUGCAGUUCACCAUGGUAAACAAAUUCAUGGAUAUAUUAUUAGACAUGUAAUUGAGAUGGAUACUAUUAUUAUAACUGCUUUGAUAUUCAUGUAUUGUAGAUUUCAUUCUCUUGAGCAUGCUUUUGAGGUUUUUAAAGGGGCAAACUUUAGAGAUGUGGUUAUUUGGAAUUGCAUAAUAUUUGGGUGUUGUCACAAUCAUAGAUAUCAGGAAGCCCUUGAAUUGUUUAGGAUAAUGGUGGAGGAAGGCACCCAACCAGACCAUGUGACCAUUCAGGGUAUCCUGUCUGCUUGUAUAGAAGAAGGCCUUGUUGAGUUUGGUACCCAAUGCUUCAAGUCAAUGAGCAAUGAGUUUUGUAUCUUGCCUCGGUUGGAGCACUUUAACUGCAUGAUUCAACUCUACAGCCGACAUGGAUACAUGGAUGAACUUGAAAACUUUUUGAAGACAUUGCCCAUUGAGCCUUCAAUUCCAAUGUUAACCAUGGCCCUUGAUGCUUGUAAGAAGCAUGGUUACUCAAGACUGGAAGUGUGGAUUAUGGAUCAAAUUAAGGAUUUUCGACAUUAAUUCUAUCUCAAUUUGCUGCAUGUAUCAAAGGAGGCAGUUAGCUCCAUAUUUCAGCUCCAGAGUAUGCCAUACAGUGACAAGUUACAGAACCAUAGACAUUUGAGUGGCAUUACAAUAGAAAAUGGUCAAGGCCUGUCAGUCAUGAUGCACAUUAAGUUCAUGCCUUGAUGGCUGAUGCGGUUAUGCAGAUGACUUGAUCACAUGCUUGCAAUGGGCAAGACAAUCUCCCCUUUUUCCUCUUCUGAAAGGUGGUUUAAAGGAAAACAGGAGCAUUAUUAUUUCAUAAGAACUGAGAGGUAUUCUAUGCAACUUUUCCACCUAUUUGCCACUAAGCCAUCCAAAGUCUUUUUUUCUCUUGUUAAAAGGAAACCCGUCCUCAUCUGCAUAUCAGCUAUAUUCAAAUUUGAAGAUGAAUUUCCCUCUCUUAUCCUCAUCUCUUUCUCUAGCCUUGCUCAUUCACUGGGUAUGGGAGGUCUUUUUUCUGUUCCAAUUUUCCCCUCAUUUCUGAGAAUCUGGGUUCCUGGCUCUGCCCAGAUCAUUCAGUCGCCCCCCUCCCCAAAACUCUUUCAUUGUCCUUCAUUUGCGGUCUUCAUUCUAUAUAUUAUAGAGCACAUGUAGUGUUGGGUGUGCCUAUUAUCCCGUACAUUCAUGGUGCACCUUCUGGCUAUUCUGAUGUUAUCAUGGGCUUGAUUUGCAACACUUACUUCAGGCAGGGGUGGCUUAACUUGGGAAUCUACCAGCAAGAGCAUGGUUUUCAACUGAGCUGAUAUGCAUUUUCUUUCAUUUUACAAUGCAAGAACCGUGAUAUGCAUAUACUUUCCUCUUUUUGUUUGUUUGUUUUUGUUUCAGAAUAGCUUUCAUGAUCUUACAAUAUUUGUGUUUUACCUUAUGGUGCCUUGAAAUACUACUUUAUGAUUGGGCUUGUAAAUACGGUGGCAAUCCAAUCUGUUUAUUGACUCAGCCCUCCAAUUGGAUUUUGAUGAGAAAGUUUAUGACAUUUUAAGUCCAAUCUGUUUAUUGACUCAGUCCAAUCUAUUUAUUUAUGAGCAUGUUAAGAUGAAGUAUUUGCCAUGUAUGGUUAUAGUGAUGAUGAUGUUCUGCUGGUUCCUUGGCCAAUGUGUAUUUCUGUGCUAUGAUUAUGAUGUUUAUAGACAUGGUUUUUCUUUGAUGUUUAUGAAAGGUAUAACAUGUUUUAAAUGCAUGAGUGGUUUAGUUGGUACUGAGAUUCCCCAAUUCUCACUCUCUCUAACUAACAUUUCAAGCACAAGUGGGACCAACAAGGGAAAAGCAAAGGUAUAGAUGGGUGACUUAUGAGAGUGCAAUCUUUUUGGCUAGUUAUGUAUAGACUUAUAGGGGACAUUUAGUUCACCAAUAUUUUGACAACAUUUCUAAGGCAAUAUGGUAUAUGGCAUAAAUUGUAUGUUAAUGCUAAGGAUGAUUGUAAUGGUGUUCAUAAAAACACUUAUGAUUUAAGUUGUGCGAUGCGUGGUGGGACUUAGAGAGUAAUAACUGCACUAAGUUAAGUAAAAGAAAGAAACAAGAAGGGUAAAGGUUGAGAUCUUACUAAGGUUCUUAGAACACGAUUUAAGUAAAGUUUCAACUAGAAUAGUCUUGAACCAAUUAGUGAUUGAUAUCUCCUUAUCUAUAUCAACUAAGUAUGGCACAUUACAAACAUAAAGAAAAGGAUUUCACUGUUUCUCAAAGAACAUAAAGAGUUGUGUUUUAAAGGGCAGCAAAAGGUUUUGCACUGUAAGUACUUUGAAAGUGCUGCAUUGACUGCUUCUUUUAUUAGAUGGCAUACUUAGAGUGUUAAAAUAUUAGAUGUGGCAGUAACUGCUUGGCGAUUCAGUUUCUUCCACUAGCAACUGUGGUGGGCAAAAUUCAUUGGCAGGAAAUCCUUAUGGGCAUGAGGCAGGGCAAGAAUUAACGCUUGGUCGUGUGGGUAUUACUGUCAACUUGUUGAUUCACAUCCCCUUUUCUGUUGUGUAGUUUGUAGUCGUUGGAACCGUCUGAUUUUUCAGUAAAUCCUGGAUCAUUUGCCUUGCAUCAUAUCGAUGGAAAGUCUUGAAGAUUUUUGUGCUCCAGUUAAGCCCUGAAGUGCCAAAAGACAAGCAGCUGGAGCAGUCCUUGAAGGAUAUUGCUGAUACCAAUGAGCAUGUGCCAGGCAGUAAUUCAACCAGGGUGAAUCCAAUUGAGGAUGAGCUUUCUUCGACAGAAACCACAUGCUCAGAUUUUUUGAUGGAUCUAUUAGUUCUCCUCUGCUGUGAGAAUUCAUGCGUUUAUUCUCUGCAAAAUCGUUGAUGCAGGUCCUAUACCCAUUAGCCAAAUACAUCUAUAAUGAAGUUACAAUUCUUUAAGAAAGCUACUUUGUUUUUUUAAUUAUUUAUGAUAUAUUCUUAAGAAUACAGCCAAUAAGGUUUAACUUUCUAAGCCUUGUUGUCGGACUGCAACUUCAAAGAAAGAUGACAAAUUUUCUAGGCUAUUGUUGCUUCAGACUGGAACAUUUGAAAUCAGGUGGAAUCACCAUAUUUAUUUUUUUAUUCUAUAAGAAUGCUUUUAGUAGGAUUACAAAAUUGAUCAUGCUUACACUUGUCAAACUUGGAAUUGGUACAGGAAAGCUCCUUAUCGUCCAUUUUAAGAUGGAAUUAUGAAGUGAAUAUGGACAAAACCAUGUAUUCUGAUGACAAUGGAGUAUUGCACUCGUAUAGUGGUGUUUAGAACCAGCAGAUUUGUUUAGGAUUCCUUUCUUUUUACAGCGUAAAUUAAUGAUUUAGUCUUCAAAAGAUUAUCCCUUUGCAGUGACUUUCUCUAGAAGUAGAGCCUCAAUUUAUUUCUUUGAAGUUUUUUACCAUUACUAAAAAGGUCCCCCAAGCAAGGAUCACCUAUCAAAGUUGAUAAUGUAGCAUAAACAAGAACUCAUAUAGUCAUUAAUUGGUGAUAUGAACUUGCCCAGAUGUAUUACAAUCCCAAAACAAUGUUGUUUUGGCUACUUUUACAAAAGCCAUCUGACCUUCUUGAUGCCCUUUUGGUUUGUGAAAGUAGCCAACAAAGAUGUCAAUCAGGGAUAUAAGACACUUGGACAAGUUUAUAUAAUCAAUCAAUUGCCGUGUGGGCGCUCUCAGUUGCAAGUUUAGUGUAUGACUGUGACUUUGCUUAAUACAGAGGAAAAGGACUAAAACAUUAAUUUGCUUUUUGCCCUUUUAACUAUUUUAGAUAAGAUAGUGCAUUUCAGUUUUUUCUGGUCAAAUAUUUACUUACUUAGGCAUCUUAUGUUGACAACUUUCAGGCAAAUGGUUAUGAGUUGACCUUCAUCUCAUUAUUAGAUGUUGAAAACGAAUUAAGGUGUCUAGAGAAUCUGCCUUGUUUCCAUGAUACAGUUCUUGCAGAUGCUGCCUUCAGAUUCUCUUCAAAUUUGACGAAAAAGCAGGUUCGAAUUGUUCUGCUCCCCACCCCCCGGUGGGGAUUUUCUGGAAAUAUUUUCUAUUAUCAUAAUUUGUAAGCACCUUUUUUUUUUUAAAUGAAAUUCCUUAGGUGCCAUUGUUACAAUUUUUUUUUUCCUCCAAAAAAUGAAGAAGCUUACUUACGUUGGCACAGAGCACCGCACCAGGGAUUGUGGAGGGUAUUGUUAAAGGAUUUAAAGGAGGAAAAAAUACCCAAACAAGUUAUACUGCAUCUUCAACCAGAUUCGUCAUGAUAAAUAAAUUUCAACAAACUAAAUUUUGAUAUAUUUCGUUAUUAUAGAAGAAAAAUAUGUUUCAUUUGUUGACUAAUUUUAGGAUGCUUCUGCUGCUGAUUCCCAAGCAAGAAAGAAGCUUGUGGAGAGGCAGGAAAAUUUGAAGGUAUUAAUUUAUCUGCUUUUUGAGCUUUGUGGCUUGUUGAUGAGCACAUUUUGCUUUCACUUAAACUUGUCAUUGGAUCAACUUGACAGAAAAAACCCAUAAACUUAUCUUGAUCUAUCAUGUCACCAUAGCAUAAUUUUUCAAAUGAAUGUUAUUUUAGUGCGCUUUCCUUCUGAAAACAAACAAAAAUAUGAGAAUGAGUAAAAUAUGGUUAUUCUUAGGCAAGUUUUGAUGCCAAAGACUUGAAUGUAGAAGCUUAUCUCUAUCAAAGCAGGUAGUUGGAUCCUCUAAAUUUCAAUUCUUAAGAACUGAUUAGCCUGCUGAUAAAAAAUGUUAACUGUAUACCAUUUUUGUUGAUGGUUACUAUAACUGUUUUCUUGCCUUAUUUGACAGUAGUGUUGAAAAGGCUUUAGGUGCCCGAAAUACAAUUACCUUUGCUCCUGUAGCCAAUGAGCUUGUGACGAAGAUGGAGGUCUGACCUCAACCAUCUUAAUUUCGACAUUUAACUGUCAUAUUUAACCUACCUAUAAUUCUUUUAUGUUUUUUGGCAUUUGAUGUCCUAUUUUAUUCUCAAAUAUUCAACAUUCAGACUUAUCAAAUGCAUAUUUGGCCCCUUAAAUGUAGUUUAAUAAAUGCAGUUUCUCA